AUGGAAGAAAUCAAAAUGCCUGAAGCUGCGAGAGCUUUCGCGGCCGGUGAACGCUCCCCUAUCAAAGGCGUAGACGAUGUUGGAGUUCAUGAAAUCUACGGAACUACUCGAAAUUACAACGAGGAUAGGGUGAGCAUCACCCUCAAUAUCAAAAAAAACGGAAAGAAAUCUCAAUUCUUUGCAGUUUACGAUGGUCACGGAGGAAGUAACUGUUGCGACUUCCUCAAGGAUACCCUUCAUGAGAUAUUGAUCAGUCAUAAGGACUUUCCAUACGACCCAAAAAAGGCCCUCCACGAUUCUAUCAUGUCGAUGGAGGUGAUUGAUAUCGCUUGGCGAGCCAUGCGCAGAGAGGGGAAUAUCCACGAGCAGGCGGGUAGGGGAGUGGACGCGGUCAUCAGAGAAGCGAUGCGGAGAAAAUCAGCGGAUAACCUAACCGCCAUCCUGGUCGGUCUGGCCGAUUUUAGGUAG